AUGCCGCUUUUCAUCUCCGACGAGGAGCUCCGGCUCCUCGGCGGCGACACGGCCGCCGUUGCCGAGCGGGCCGACGCCGCCAUCCGUGAGCUCCGGCGCCAGGUGGAUACCGUACGCGCCGAGGCGGACGCCGCUGCGAUUGCUGCCGAGCAGACCUGCGCCCUCCUCGAGCAACGGUACGCCUCCCUCUCCGCCGAGUUCGAUCGCUCCCAGGCCGAGGCCGCCGAGCUCACCGCCGCUGCUGAGCGCCGCGCUGCCGAGCUUGCCUCCUCUCAGGCGGAGAUACAUCAGCUUCGCAUCCAGGCGAUCGCUAAGGAUGGUGAGGUGGAGAGGUUGAAAAUUGAAAUCACGGAGCUGCACAAGUCCAAGUGUCAGUCGCUGGAGUUGAUUGAGCAGAGAGAUUCAGAAAUAAAAGAGAAGGAUGGCAUCAUCCAGAGCUACUACGACAAAAUUGCAAACCUGGCAGAGACUUCUGCUGGUAAAGAGGCUAGGAUACAAGGGGUCGAAGCCAAGUUUACCCAUUGUCAAGCAAUUUGCAAUCGCAUUACCCAGGAGAAGGAGCUGCUUGAAAAACACAAUCUCUGGCUUGAUGAAGAACUGAAAGCAAAAGUGAAGAACUUAGCUGAACUAAGGAAAACAAAUAUGGAUGAGGAGGCUCGGAUGUCAGCAAGGAUUGCUGAGCUUGAAAGAGAGAUUUCUGAAUCUUCUAGCUCCUUGAGGCGAAGCAAAGAACGCAUCUCUGAACUGGAGCAAAGGGUAUCCUACAUGGAAAAGGAGUUGUGCUCAACAAAGGAUGCUGCAGCUGCUAAUGAACAACGUCUUGGUGCGGAGCUUUCAACUGUCAUGAAACUUGCUGAACUUCACAAAGAAAGUUCCGAGGAAUGGUCGAAAAAGGCUGGGGAGCUCGAAGGUGUUAUUAAAGCAUUAGAGACACAUCUGACCCAAGUUGAAGAUGAAUACAAGGAAAAGCUUGAGAAGGAGUCCUUGUCCAGGAGAGACCUUGAAAAGGAUGCUGUCAACUUGAAGCAGAAGCUUGAAAAGUGUGAACUUGAUCUGGAGAAUACAAGGAAGUCCAGUGAAUUGAGCCUCAUUCCAUUGACCAGCAUUGCAGCAGACUCUUCUGAUCUAGUAGACACAACAGUACGAGAACUGCCUAUUUCUGAUGCAGUUAAUCAGAAUGACCUAAUGGUUAUUCCGAAGGUACCUAGUGGUGUUUCUGGAACUGCUUUAGCUGCUUCUCUUCUUCGUGACGGUUGGAGUCUUACUAAGAUCUAUGAGAAAUACCAAGAAGCUACUGAUGCUUUCCUCCAUGAGAGGCAGGGAAGGAGACAUGCAGAAGCAGUUUUGGAAAGGGUUUUGCAUGAAAUAGAAGAGAAGGCUGAGCUUAUCCUAGACGAACGGGCUGAGCAUGAGAGGAUGGUCGAAGCUUAUGCUCUAAUGGAUCAGAAAUUGCAGCAAGCAUUGCUGGAGCACGAUAAUUUUGAAAGCAAUAUUAGGAAUCUAAAGUCUGAGCUGAAAAGACAGGAGCGUGAUCAUAGUGUGGCACAGAAGGAAAUAGAUGACCUGCAAAAACAAGUUGCUGUUCUUCUAAAAGAAUGCCAAGACAUACAGCUUCGUUGUGGUUCUAGCCUUCCUAAUGUAGGCCAUGGCGCUUUUUCUUCAAGCUUAGGCAAUGUUCUUUCUAAUGUAGAGCUUGAUAUCAAGAAUAAUAUGUCUUUUAAAGAUAUCAAUGGGUUAGUUCAGCAAAAUGUUCAACUAAGAAAUCAAGUUCACAUGCUCUCAGCCGAUCUUGACAAAAAGGAUAUGGAACUACAGGAGAGCUUCCAAAUUGAGUUGAAGAAAAUUACAGAUGAUGCUGCGUCCAGGGUUGAAAAAGUUAUGAAGAAAUCUGAAGAACAAGCAAUAAUGAUCGAAUCUCUUCAUCGAUCCGUGGCGAUGUAUCGGAAGCUGUGUGAGGAGCAGCAGAAGGCUCGUUUGAGUGUUGAAUCAGCACCUAGUGCUCUGCAAGAUAGCAGCAGAACGGACCUGAUGGUUCUGUUUGAAGGAUCACAGGAAGUCUCGAAGAAAGCUUAUGAGCAAGUCUCUGAACGAGCCAGAAGCCUUGAUGAAGAGUUGACAAAAUUGAGGACUGAGCUUCAGGCUCUGCGAUCUGAGCGUGAUAAGGCAGUGCUUGAAGCUGAUUUUGCUCGGGACCGGCUUAAUGGGUUUGCAGCGGAGCUUGAGCAUCAGAGGAAGGAGUCUUAUUCUGCUUCACUUAGAAAUGCGGAGUUGAUGCGCUUGGUAGUUGAUUACGAAAGAAGACUUCGUGAAGAUUUGGAUUCUAAGCAAGGUUUAGAGGAGAAUCUAAGGAAGCUAUCAAUGGAGGUGACGACAUUGAAGAAUGCAAAAGAGAAUUUAGAGAAGUCAGAGAAAAAAGCUUUGGAUGAAGUCCGUGAUUUAACGGAGCGAGUGCAUCGUUUGCAGGCUACAAUCGACACAAUCCAUACCACCGAGGAGGUUCAAGAGAAUGCAAGGUCCAUGGAAAGGAGAAAUCAUGAGGAACACAUUAAGCGACUAGAAAGAGAUUGGGCUGAGCUUAAGAAGGAGCUUCAAGAGCAGCGAGAUCAUGUUCGUGUUUUGUCGCUUGACAAGAAAAAUGUGUUUGACAGCUGCAUGAAGCAGGUAGAGGAUAUGAGAAAGGAGCUAAAUAACUCGUGGAAAGCUGCUUCUGAUGCUGAAUCAAGGGCUGCCAUUGCAGAGGCCAAGUGUUCUGAUUUAGAGGCCAAGCUGAAAUCGAGAAAGGUCAUUUCAAGGGAUGGUGGCCAUGAAAUCUCAGCUGCAUCUGAGGAGAAUGAUGAGCUAUUCCAGUUGAAAGAGGAGUUAGAAAAAUACAAGGAGGAAGCACAAGCAAAUAAGAACUACAUGGUUCAGUACAAAGAAAUCGCACACUUAAAUGAAGUCGCGUUGAAGCAAUUGGAAUCUGCCCAUCAGGACUACAAGGCUGAGACCGAGGUUUGCAGGAAAGCCUUGGAAGAUGAGAUUGUUAAGUUGAGGGAUAAGUUAUCAGAAAUGGAGAAGAGUUAUGUCAUGAAGUGUGAAGAAGCUGCCAGUGCGAUUGAAUCUAAAGAGAAGCAAGUCACUUCUCUCAUGAAUGAAAUUUCUGUUUUAAGAACAGAAGUUUCUCAGAAACUACCGCAGUUAGAAAAAUUGGAAAUUGAAUUGGCUUCGUCAAAGAGUUCACUUGAUGAGCAGUAUAAGCGCUGGCGAACCACCCAAGAUAAUUACGAACGCCAGGUUAUUUUGCAAUCUGAGACAAUACAGGAGUUGACAAAUACUUCUAAACAGCUAUCUUCAUUGCAGCAUGAAAUCACUGUACUUCGCCAGGCAGCAGAUGCACUGAAAGCUGAAAAUGAUGGUCUGAGAUCUUCUGGUGAGCAAGAAAAGAUAGGCUUAUUGAAAGAAAAGGAUGAUGCCCUGCAGAAGUAUAAUGAGCUUAAUGAUCAGAAUAGAAUUCUACACAAUCAGUUAGAAGCUUUGCACAUUCGGUUAGCCGAGAAAGAACGGAAUAUUGCUGGGCUUUCAUCACAUCGUACUGAUAACUCACAUGCAGAAGAUGAUCUACAAAGUGUCAUCAGCUAUCUGCGCAGAUCGAAAGAAAUAGCCGAAACAGAGAUAUCAUUGCUUAAACAGGAGAAGUCACGGCUUCAGAUAGAACUGGAAAGUGUUUUAAAGUCUGCCAAGGAGGCACAGGACUUGUUGCGAAGUCAAACUGAUAGUGCCAGAGCGAUGAUGUUGAAGGAUGAAGAAUUCAAGUCACUGCAGAUUCAGGUCAGAGAAGUUAACUUGCUUCGUGAAAGCAACAUACAACUUAGGGAGGAGAAUAGGCACAAUUUCGAAGAAUGCCAGAAAUUCCGUGAAGAAGCUCAAAAGGCUACAAUGGAAUCUGAGAGGUUGCAGAACCUUCUACUGGAGAAGCAGGUAGAGGUUGAAAUGUGCAAAAGAGAACUAGAAAUGCAGAAGGCAGAAAUAGCAAAUCUCAACCAAAGGAUUUCGGAGCUGAUUGAAAAUAGCAAAGGCAUUGAUUUGAACACUUAUGAAGCCAUGAAGAAUGAACUUCAGAAUAUCAAAUCAACCUUGAGAGAGAAUUCUAUGGAGCUUGAAAGUGCAAAGAAACUGGUUUCCGAGAAAGAAGUUGUCAUAAAAAAUUUGGAGGAUAAGCUUUCUGUAUGUCAAUCUGAAUUGGAUUCCAAGGAAAAGAAGCUGAAUGAUGUAGAGGCCUCCCUUAAAUCUGAGAUUGACAAGUAUAAGAAGUUUAAUAUCAACUUAAAGAAAAAGCAUGACCACCUGAUGAAGGAGAAGGGAGGGAUCGCUAAAGAAAAUCAAAGCCUUGUAAAGCAGAUGGAGGAUCUUAAAUCAAGUCAGAAGACAACAUCGGAAACAACACUUGAGCAGGCUAUAAAAGAAAAGGAUUUCAGGAUACAGACAUUAGAAAGAACCCUGGAAAAGGAGAGAGAUGAUAACAAGAAAGAAAAAGCUAAGAGUAGAAGGAACGAGAACACAAUCUUUGGUGCUCUUCAAAAGGUGCAACAGGACAAGAAACAACUGGAAGAGUCUAUAGAGAAGCAUAAGCAGGCUGUGAAAGAGUUGAUUGAGAAUUAUCCUGGAUUAUCAUCUGAAGUGCCACCUGUCUCUGCACUAGAAGAGCAAUUUCUUUCAUACUUCCGUGCAGCUAAAGAUAUGGAGGAAUCUUCUAGUCCCUUCCGUGAUGGUGCAGCGACUCAAACUCCAGUUGUUGAAACUGCCCCUGUGGAUGCAUCUACUUCAGCUGCAGGACGUCCAGUAGAUACUCCGCCAAGGCCAGCUAAAGCUAAAAUGACGGAAGAUAGAGCAGUUCCCAAACCAAGCACUGAAGUGCGUAGGCCUGGAGGAAGAAGACCCCUUGUUCGUCCUACUCUACAAACUGAAGAACCUCAUGCUGAUACAGAUGCAUCAGCUGUUGAUGCCUCCACUGUUGUUCAGGACAAAGGGGGGCCAUCAGUAGAGCGUGAAGCUUCUGGCAUUUUACCUAUGUUACAGCCUUCGAGUCGUAAACGGCUUAUCUCAUCUUCACAGACGAUAGACAGUGCCUCACAGUGUGAGGCUAAUGAUGCCAAUCCUCCAUCUAAGAAGCCCAAGGAGGAAGAAUCUUCACAAGGGACUAGUGAGCUCAAAAGUGGUCAACCACCUCUUGGGGAUGUAGCAGCACAGGUUGGUGUGCUUCCAGCCACUGAUGACCUAGAUGGACAACAGCCUACAGAAGAGAUUGGUACUGAUCAGCCAUCUGUGCCAUUGGUAGAGGCUGAGGCAACAAGGGAGGAUGAUGUGGGUGAUAAAGAUGACUCUGGAGAUGCAUUGAUGGACAUCAAAGGCCAGGAUGCUGAUGUUAAUAUUGACGCAAAUGCAAUUCCCGUAGAAGAUGAGCAUGUGGUGGCAAAGUCAGAGGCAGUAAUUGAAUCAUUUGACGAUGACCAGAAAACAGAAGAUUCGAAGGAAGAUGCUCAGCUUACUACUGCAACUGAUGUUGACGAUGAUAUGGAGGAGGGAGAGUUGCCAGAGGAACCUGAAGAGAAGAGUGAUGUUGAUAUGUCAGAGAUUGAGGGUGAGACUACAGCUGAGCGUGCUGCAGUGGAACCAGACCAAAGUCCUAUAACACAAUCUGGUGUAGCUGAUGCCUCACCAAGCAGAACUGCAGAUGCAUCUGCUGCACGUGAACCUUCCCCUAAUCCAGUCCAAGCUGGUGCAAGUUCUCGGCCCCAGAAUACUAGCACUGCAACAGAGGCACGUGAACCUUCAACUAAUCCAGCCCAAGCCGGUGCAUCUUCUGAACAGCGGAACACCAGAACAAUCAUCAACUUUGAAAGGGCCAGGCAAAAUAGGCAAGCCAGGUUUCAGCGUUCACAGCAACCUGCUGGUGCACAACAACCUGCCGCUGCUCGGGGUCGUGGCCAGCAAUCUGUUACACUCAGGAAAGAUGCUGCGGGUCGAGGAUCAAGGGGCCGUGGGGGGCGUGGUCAGUAA